AUGUCAUACGCAGCAGCAGCGGCUAAAGGCCCAAAGCAAAGCCCAGAAGAGGCCCGCGCACCCGCACCUCCAGAGAUCGAAACCACCGAAUCCAUAAGCACAUCAUCCCUAAUCGACGUCGACACCGACUCCGUCCACACCGUCCCCUCAGAUUUUGGAACUCAAUCCGUCCAAACCGAUACCCAACUCGAGCGUCUGCAGCGGGAAGCAGAAGCCGCGGAAGCACGCGCCAAGGAGGAAGCCGAAAGUGCUGCGAAGGAAGUCAAAGACAAGACUAAGACCGCGAAGUCAAAGGCGAAGAAGGAGGCUGGCAAGUUCCAGGAGAAUAGCGAUAACCCCGUGUUCAUUGGAAAUGCUAUCGCGGUUGUGGGAUUGAGUGCUGGGUUGGGCUUUGGGGCUUAUCGCAAGUAUGCUGCUGGGGAGUUGACGUGGAAGGUUGUCGGUGCUUGGUCUGGAUUGGUUGGUUUGUUUGCAGUAGGGGACUUUUAUUUGAGCCAGUACCUUUUCAAGAACAAAUACCCAAAGAAAUAG